GUGGGCGUGGCGGGUCCAUUAGUUGACAUGGUGCUGAUGGUUUAAUUCCGAGAUUAGAAAAAAAAAAAAGAAGUCUUGAAUAAACAGUCAGUCACUUUUGCACACCGGCCGCAGUUCGCUCCGCCAGAGUCAGCCCGUGCGUGACGCGCCAAGUUAAUUCUGGGUUUUGUGUUUCUACUGGAUUUCAAGUGAAGGAGGGCUUGAAGCAGAGCCCGCCCUCACUCACAGGUCCUGGUCUCUCUCUGCCAGCCCUGCCGUGACAGAGAAGCUGCCUCACACGUCAAUGAAACACGGAAUAGACUCUUUCUCGGUGCCCUGCGAAACUGAAGAGGAGGGAGAGGAGCCGUGAUCAUGAUCUAACCGAGCGAAACCCGCAGUUUUUGGGGUUUUUUUUCUUCCGCCGAUUUCUCGAUGGUUUGUGUCACACGGCGGUGGUAAGACUUCAGCGGGGCGAUCGAGAGACCAGGUCGAGCCAGUGAAGUGAAGCGGAUCUUGCGAUGCCAGCCGCGGAUGCAGAGCCUGGCAUGGGCAGGGGCACGACGGUCCCUGCCCCGGCCUUGCCGAGCCACCCCCCCGGCGAACGCGCAGUCAGCGUGCUGUGGUCCUUUGGGAAAUGCCUGGGCGCCCUUCUACCUGUGUACCUGGCCGGGUAUUACGGCUUCAGCAUCAGCGUAGUCCUGUUCGGUCUGAUGAUCUACAUGGGAUGGAAACACAGCCGGCUGGAGAAAGUCAUGCGGCUCAAGUCUGCCAUGUACCUCCUGGAGAACGAGAGGAAAUUCACCACCGAAAACGUCUUCAGGAGCAAAAGGGAUCUGCCUCCCUGGGUCAACUUUCCAGAUGUGGAAAAAGUGGAGUGGCUGAAUAAGAUCCUGCAGCAGGCUUGGCCCUUUGUUGGCCAGUAUCUGGAGAAGCUGCUGGUGGAAACCAUUGCUCCUGCCAUCCGAGCCUCCAGCAUUCAUCUGCAGACACUCAGCUUCACCAAGGUCAACUUAGGAGACAAGGCUGUGAAGGUGGUGGGCGUAAAAGCUCACACAGAACACGAUAAGAGACAGGUUAUGUUGGACUUGUACCUGAGCUACGCCGGUGAUGUUGAAAUCAACGUGGAGAUCAAAAAGUACUUUUGCAAAGCCGGCGUGAAAGGAGUCCAGCUUCAUGGGAAACUGCGUGUGAUCCUCGAGCCGCUAAUUGGAGACAUGCCGCUGGUCGGAGCCAUCACAAUGUUCUUCAUCCGCAGGCCUAAACUGGACAUCAACUGGACCGGGCUGACCAACUUGUUAGAUAUCCCCGGGCUGAAUGCCAUGUCGGACACUAUGAUAAUGGAUGCAAUAGCCUCCCACCUGGUGCUCCCCAACCGUCUCACUGUUCCCCUGGUGGCCGACCUGCACGUUGCGCAGCUCCGCUCCCCUCUCCCAAGGGGAGUCGUGCGCAUCCACCUGCUGGAGGCCGAGGACCUGACUGCCAAGGAUACAGUCAUCAAAGGUUUAAUUGACGGGAAGUCAGACCCGUACGCCGUUCUGCGUGUAGGAACCCAGAUCUUCACCUCUCAUCACGUGGACAGCAACCUGAACCCACAGUGGAGGGAGAUGUAUGAGGUGAUUGUCCAUGAAGUACCUGGUCAGGAGUUGGAAGUGGAAGUGUUUGACAAAGACCCAGACCAGGAUGACUUCCUGGGGAGGGUCAAGGUGGAUCUGGAUAUUGUAAAGAAGGCCAGAGUUGUGGACGAUUGGUUCAAUCUGAGGGACGUCCCAUCGGGCAGCGUUCACCUCCGGCUGGAGUGGCUCUCUCUGCUGUCCUCUGCUGACAGACUGAGUGAGGUGAUCCAGACAAACCAGAACUUGACCAGCAAGACAGCAGAUCCUCCAUCUGCCGCCAUCCUCGCCAUCUAUCUUGAUCAAGCUCACGCACUGCCUGUAAGAUUACCACAACAAGACUCUUUUACGUGCAUUCAAGUUUCAACUGUUACCCACAUCGAUGGAUUUGAUUUAUUGCAGAUGAGAAAAGGCAACAAGGACCCGAGCCCGAUGGUGCAGAUUUCUGUUCAGGAUGUGACUAAAGAGAGCAAGACUUGCUAUGGGACCAACACUCCUGUGUGGGAGGACGCCUUUACCUUCUUUAUUCAGGAUCCUCGCAAGCAAGACAUCGACAUUCAAGUUAAAGAUGAUGACCGUUCUCUGUCCCUGGGCAGCCUGACCAUCCCUCUAAUCCGUGUUCUGGCCACGCCUGACCUCACCAUGGACCAGUGGUUCCAGCUGGAGAAUUCUGGUUCUGCCAGCCGCAUCUACAUCAAGAUUGUGCUUAGGGUUUUGUGGCUGAGUGAGGAUGCCACUCCUACAACUCCGUCUCCUCGGCCCUCAGGGCCCUCCGGGUCCGGGAUCGGUCAGGGGGGAAUCACAUCAGAGCUGAACCCCAUGGGGCCCGGUGGAUUGGGUCAACCUCAACCGACACGACCUCAGCACACUACACCCGACCCAGAGUUUGCAACUGAGGGAGUGCUGCGCAUCCACCUGGUGGAGGCCCAAAGCCUGAUAGCAAAGGACAACUUCAUGGGGGGCAUGGUGAAGGGGAAGAGCGAUCCCUACGUCAAGAUCCGCGUGGCUGGCAUCACUUACCGGAGCCACACCAUCAAAGAGAACCUCAAUCCCACCUGGAAUGAACUCUACGAGGUGAUUUUGACCCAGCUUCCUGGUCAGGAGAUCCAGUUUGAGUUAUUUGACAAGGACAUCGAUCAGGAUGACUUCCUCGGGAGGUUCAAGCUUAACCUACGAGAUAUCAUCAGCGCACAAUUCAUCGAUACGUGGUACACUCUGAAUGAUGUGAAGUCAGGCCGAGUUCACCUGAUCAUGGAGUGGCUGCCUCGAGUCUCUGACCUACCCAGACUUGAGCAGAUCCUGCAGUACCAGAGCCAGCAGUCCUACCAGAACAAGGUCGUGCCAUCAGCAGCUGUGUUGUUUGUGUACGUGGAGCGUGCCCAUGGCCUGCCGCUGAAGAAGAGUGGAAAGGAGCCGAAAGUUGGGGCUGACAUUAUCUUCAAGGGUAUCUCACACAGAACCAAGAUUUGUGAGCGUUCCACAUCUCCUCGUUGGGACGAAGCCUUUCACUAUUUGGUUCGCGACCCCAGAGAUGAAACACUCACAGUGAAACUCUCCCACAGCUGGGGCCAGGCCCUUGGGUCCUUGACACUUCCUCUCAGAGAGGUGCUGGCUGAGCCGGGCCUGGUGCUGGACCGCUGGCUCAACCUGGAUGGAGCGCUGCCAGAAAGCCAGAUACUACUGAGGGUCACGCUCAAGAUCUUGGACACUCAGCUGGCGGUGUGUCGUGGAGCUCCAGGGGACGCAGGUGAAGGCGGCAUAGAAGAAGUCGUUCCCAGAUGGGUUCCUUCCCAUUUAGACCUCAGACAGCGAAAUACAUUCUCCUUAGGUGAUAACGGAGCGUCAGGCAGCCAGGUGAAGCUCACCAUCGGCUACUCGACAGAGGAGAGCAGGCUUUUCAUCACUGUUCACUCCUGCAGAGCCCUGGCAGCCUGCUCAAAGGACGGUGCAGACCCAUACGUUUCAUUCAUCCUGCUGCCUGACAAGAAGGCUACCACCAAGAGGAGAACCGCCACCAAGAAGAGAGACCUCAACCCAGAAUUCAACGAGAGGUUUGACUUUGAUUUCUCUCUGGAGGAGUCCAUUCAGAGAAGACUGGACCUGUCUGUGAAGAACAGUGUCUCCUUCAUGAGCAGAGAGAGGGAGCUUAUUGGCAAGCUGCAGCUUGACCUGGACCAAAUUGACCUCAAGGCUGGUGUCACACAAUGGUACGAUUUGGUAGCAGAGACCAACUAAAAGAGUUGACGCUUCUACGAUUUAACAUUAAGUGUUGCUUCUGUGAUCUGUGAUUUGUGUGUGUGUUUGUAUAUUCAGCUUAAAUGAAAAUGUCCACCUUCACUGAAGAAAAACAUCGAUGACAUAUCUGAUCCACGAAAACACAGUCCAUCAGUAUUUAUGAGAAGAAACUUUACAUGUAGCUUAUCAUCCGUAAAGUGUUAACUGUGCUGCUGAGUCCACACUGUCCUGGACAGAUUCUUCAGGAGAAUAUUUUGGCUGAAUAGAUAUUUGAUAAUAACGCAACUAUGUUGCAAAACCUACCAAGUUUAUAUUUGUUUAAAAGCAUGUCCAAGUCCUCUUUGAAUUUUAUUUACAAAAGGGCUUAUGCUGUGAUUAAGAUCCUAAAGGAAUGACACUGUUUUAUGGAUUUACAGCAUCCAACACCAAGAGAUUCCUUUAAAUUUUAUUUUUUACAAUCUUCAAAUAGAUCCUGAUAUGACUUUGUUUAUAUAUAUUGCCUUAAGUAUUACAAAAACUGUGCACAAUUUGUCAGUGUUUAUGAAUUAUGUUCCAAAUGAAGUUUUAUAUGUUUUAACCAGUGCUCUCUUAAAGUUGCUUUUGUAAAACAAAGUAUUACAAACCUAGACCCUCAUAUAUUACCACUGAAAACAGAGGUAUGAUACUGUAAGCAGAGUCUAAAUCACUGUGCUUUUAUGAAGAGAAAAACUUUGUAGAUACUGAAAACACA